AGGUGGAAGAUGAGGAGGAAGCUGAGGACAGCUCGUCGAUCAUGGACCUCGUCGCCAAGAUGGAGGACUUGUGGGGGAAGAUGGGAAGGUACCAGCAAGAGCUGCAGGAUAUCUGUGGGGAGGUGAAAGAGUGGGAAGGUAGUCUCCCCAAGGUUUAUUUGCUGGAUACUGACCCCGAGGCAAGGCCAGAACGCCAGAGCUACCCCAAUGUAGCUUCGGUGGGGUCGGGCGCACGGCCAGGGGGAUUGAUAAGGCCUCCUAUGGCACACAGGAGGGUGGUGCCCGCAGCCCGAACGAGGAGUCAAGAGAAAGCUGGCCCAAGUCAGGAACCUCCACAAAAGGAGCCAGAACAAGAAAGGAGGAAAGAGGCUGUGGAGGUGGAGGAUGACAGUGAGGAUGAGGAGCAGGACGAGAGGCUCCACCGUGAGGAGGAUGAGAGGGCGGGGCAACGGGCCAAGAAGAGAGGGGUCAAAGAGGACCCUGAGCCAGCCUUGCGCGAUACGGCGCGGAAGAAAAAGAAGUACGCGGUUCGAUUGGAAGAAGGUUUUGAUGUUGAAAGUGUGAUCGACCGUCUGCUGGAGGGCCACAAUGAUUUGUUGACCCUAAAAGAAAUUUUAGCCUCUACACCCCGGCUCCGUGACAGUCUGAAGGGGAGAUUAUCGAGGAGAUUGAUACCCAACGUAUUUCUGGGUACUAUAUUGCCAAAGGAGAUGGAAUGGGCGGAGCCAGGCACAAAAAUAGACUGGAAGUGUGUAGCCUGUGGAAGGAUACCACUGGUAGUGAAAGGCACCAAGGCCUCCGCGAUGGUAGAUACAGGCGCGGAGAUGAACAUUAUUCGUGAGGAAGAUGCCAUUAGAUUUGGUCUGGAUAUAGACCGAUCUGAUUGCGGCAUCUUACAUGGUGCCAAUUGCAAGGCAACGUUUUGCGGCACAGUUUCGAACGUGUUGUUAGAAAUUGGGAAGGUAAAGGCCAGGGCGUGCUUUUUCGUUAUGGCCGAUGUGGAUCAUGGCCUUCUCCUAGGGAGGUCUUUCUUAAGCCGGACAGAGACCCUGAUGUUUAACAAACAUGAUGGUACUCUGAUCCUGCUGAUGUGCGAUCCAUCCUGUGGUAAUUACGAGGUGAUUACCUGCAUUAACACGGGGCCAUGCAGCAUAAGAAACAGACUCAGUCCCAGUUCCUUCACAGUUAAGGAAAUGGAAGAGGAGCGGCGAAGGAUCCACAUGGAGGUGGAAGCAGAAGAGAAAGGAGAGGCGUUCGCUCUCAGUUUGGCGGACGUGGAUAAGGCGAUGGAUUUGGUGGCAACCCACGAAAUGACGGAUCCUGAUGCCAUCCAAGCUCUGAGAGAGCAAGUUUUGGAAUGUCCCCAGCAGGGUGAGGCAGAGGAGACGACGCCCCCAGUCGAUGGCUUUUUGGAGGAAGAGGAAGAUGUAAGACUCCACAUCAAUGAGUGGUCUUUGCGCCUGCCUAGUUGCAUUUGCUAUCCCAUUUGGAUGACGCCAAAGGGGUAUGAGCGGAAGGCGGAGUUGGUACUCAAGCCCUUUGAGGAAGAAGAUUCGUGGGGUGGUAAAGAUGUUGGGUGGAUGAUGAAGUUGGCGCUGGCCGGAACUCACAGCAUGGUGGACGAUCUUCAUACAAUAGAGGAGGGACCAUACAAGGUAGAACGACACGAGGAGUUGAUGGGAGGAAUGUACCUCCUUGUUAACACUCUGCUACGAGGGAACUGGGAUCAGGUGAACCCGAUCGACCAAGGGGAGCUGUCAGAAAGCUACGACGAUGAGUUUGAGGAAGGGAAGAUAAAGGAGGCUUUCCGUGCAGAGGAGUAUGAUGGGAUCUACCUAGAGCUAGGGCUCCUUCUAUCUUGUGAGGUGAGAAACAGAGACGCCAGCGAACGUGCGCAAAGGAUGAGACAUCUCUACUUGGUGAGAGACGGCCAUCUUUUUGCGAAAAGACAAGUGGGGAAUCCUAGGAGGCUCGUAUGCGGCAGGAAUCGGCAGAUAGAUAUUAUAGCUGCGCUUCAUGAUGGCAUAGCAGGUGGGCAUCGAGGGGUUAGGGCCACCUAUGCAAAGAUAAGCGAGCUAUACUACUGGGAUGGGAUGAUGAAGAUGAUUAGCCAAUUCUACCGCUCAUGCGUACCCUGCCAGGAAAGGUCAUCUCAACGACCGGGAGAGCCUCUACACCCUAGGUUGAAGAGGGAAGUAGGUGCAGUGGUCCACCUCGACUUAUUGUUUAUGCCAACUGGGGAGCAAGGCCAUAACUAUAUCUUCGAUGCGCGAGAUAACCUGUCCGGGUUUGUUGAUGGAYRGGCUAUUCGCAAYAARACUGGACCAGUCUUGGUAAGUUGCAUCGAGGAAUACUACCUACGCUACCCUUUUGUCAAAGAGUUUGUGAUGGAUAGAGRGUCGGAAUUUACCUGCCAAGAGGUGCAGGAUUUGCWGGCAAGGUAUGSGGUUGUGGCCAACUACACUACGGCCGCACACCCCCAGGCUAAUGCGCCAGUUGAAAGAGGCCAUAGCACCAUCACGAACCUUUUGGCUAAGUGGACAGAGGGCAGGCCCAAUCAAUGGCCAAAGUACUUGAGAGCGGCGUUCUUUGUCGAGAACAUUACAGUAAAAAGGACCACGAAGUAUGCGCCAGCUACAUUGUGGUAUGGGAGACACGCAACCUUUCCCAUUGAGAGCUUUCUGAAAACCUGGAGGCAUAAGGAUCUGGAAACCAAUCUGUCAUUUGAGGAGUUGCUUGACAUUCGGGCGCGGCAGAUUGGAGCCAUUGAGGAGAGGAUUCAGGAAGCAUCUAAUCAGAUGGAACAAAGCUGCAUGGAGGAUAAAGCUCGAUGGGACCAGAUGACGCGUGUAAGGAAGGUGCCGCUGCAAGUAGGGGACGUGGUGCUGCUGUAUGACUCAUCCUUGGAGAAGCAGUGGUCUAGAAAGUUGGAUAAGAGGGCUCACGUGUUGGCAGCAUUUCGGAGACCAGAGCCACCCCAGCCUGGAGUCGAGAGGGAGCCGCAGGGUGAGAGGCCGAGAGAUCCUGAGCCUGAAAGGCCUGUGACAUCUCGCGGAGGACRGAAGGCACUCGCUGGGCGAGAACAAGAGGUGGAGAUUGAGACAGAGGAGCAGGGAGCCUACCGAGAGUGUGGGAUAGGGCCAGUGGUGUUCCCUCAAGGAACUUCAGGGGAACAGGGAGCAUCACCACAGCACGAUCAGGAGGAGGCACCACCAUCUGGAGAGCCGCUACGAGAGUUAGAGGCACGCCUGGAUGUCUCACAAUGGAGAGCGCCACAGAUGAGAGGUGGGCAUGAYGAGGCCCAAGRGCAUGAGMCAGGGGAAGGGCCGAGCAUGGAGGGCAUGCGCACUGAGGGGGAAGUGAUAGAGGUUGAGGAGGACACUCCACCUCAGACGCCAGCCGUUGGAUUGAGAUUGGGGAGCGAGACACCGGAGGCUCCACAGCAAGGACAGUCGUCGCCAUUACCUCCAGAUAUGACGUCUCCACGAGAAGGGAGGACGGACACAGAGGGCGAGAGGGUAGAUCGGAGGAGCGAGGUGAUUGCCUUGAUUGAUAGACAGAGAGCGGGUUUUCAGACGGCCAGGGCAGUCAGCGAGUAUCUGGAUCGCAAGGUCCGCUUUCUAGCCAAAACCUCCUUUGAUCGUUACUUGUUGAUGGAGGCAUAUCUGGCUGGCAAGAAGUUAAAGGAGUCAAGCCAGGGGGUACGAUUGGAGACAGCUGAGGAGGAGAUCCGGGAGCUCAAGGCAUUAGUAGCCAAGCAGGCUGUCAUUAUCGAGGACCUGAGGCUGCGAUGUGAGGGGCGAGAGGCACCUGCCAGUACCAGGGAUCAGGCAGGGUGCAGUCAUCAUGAUGUCCAGGAUGAGCCAACACAGGGUCCACUUGGGAGGCCGACAGUGGAUGAGCCUUCCCAAGAGCCAGCCAUGGGGAGAGUUAUGUUAGAGCCAGAGGAAGCAAGAGCAAGGAGGGAGGCAGAGAGAGAGGCCUUCGAGUUUAGGACUCCUACUGAACUUGCCACUCAGCCUGAGAUCUCUUCUGAUCCAGUGUUGAGAUCCUCAGUACCUCAUGUAGGGGACAGGCCACGGGCUGCCAUUAGUACGCARACCUUGGGGUCAGAUGAUGGAUCGAUGAGCUUGCUCCUUGAGRCAGUCGACACUAUGGAGAGUGUGGRAGGCUUAUUCUCACCAGAACCGGGAGUGGAGGAGCCUCGAGAGGAUGGCUUGGAUGUCAUGAUGGGGGGCGACUUUGAGAGCAGGCCUCAGAGAUUGGAUACGCCUGAGUAUAGGCCAGACAGGAUUGAGGUUCAGUCAGAACCUAGUACUCAGGAGUUGGAGGCAGAGCCGGAGGGAUCAUUGGGGAGGCCGCAGAGCCAUGAGUUGAGCAGGGAGGCCAGUGAGACACCUUCGUCGCCAGGGUUGCAGAGAGGAAAGAACAGAUCCAGGAAGAGACGUGAUACCUCCUGUUUCUUCUGCCAAAAAGAGGGACAUAGAGCCUUGCACUGUCCUAAGUUCCUAAAGGACAAGGCUCAAGAGAAAGUUACAAAGAGGGAUGGACGGUUCUAUGAUAGGCAAGGCCGACUAGUGGAGAGAUCUGCAGAUGGGGGUAGAGCUCAGUUGUAUAGGCAGAAUCAGGAGGAGAUGAGUGAGUAGAGUCUGGUCUGCAUAUACAUUAAAUAGAGUGUAGCUUGUUGGAUUUGACUUCAGUCAUGUACAUAUUCAGUUUUGAUUGU